UUGAUGCGUGACAGAACAGUUGUGUUUUGAUUUCGCUGCGAGUCGGCACGUCACAUAUCAGUGCAUAAUUAUGAUAAUUACCAUGGUUACACUGGAACAAUCAACAGUGUGAAUGUAGAGACUAGUCGUGAGCAGAGAGACAAUGGAAUUUGGAAUUGAAUCGACAUCGUUUGUCAGUGAUGUGCGAUAAUAUACAAAAUUAAUCGAUAACGCGUCUGAUAUAAAGUGCAACAACUGCGGCAACAACGUUUACAUCAUCCACUUCAGAUUCACACCGUGGAUAUUACUUCUUUUCUGCAUUAAAUUCUCAAUAAUCAUAACAUAAUGGCAGCUUUACCGGAAAGUAAAAAUAUUUGGAGUUAUGUGAACACAACCGGUGUUGCUCUCACCAUCCCAUAUCUUGUAUACAGAGUAUUAAAAUCUAUUUAUGUGAAUAGAGUGUAUGGAAAUCUAGUUGGAAAGGUUGUAGUCAUCACUGGAGCUAGUUCUGGUCUAGGUGAAGCUCUUGCACAUGAAUUUUACAUGCAUGGCUGUCAAGUGGUGCUCUGUGCAAGGAGAAGACAAGAAUUGGACAGAGUCCGGCAGGAUUUACUAAAACUACCCAUGGAUAGUCCAGUACUGCAUCCAAUAAUUGAACCAUUGGACUUGUCUGAUCUUAAAUCACUACCACAACAUGCAGCCAACAUUUUGGCAAUCACAGGACAUGUGGAUAUUUUGAUAAACAAUGGUGGUUUGUCAAACAGAGGAUCAGUGUUGAACACUGUGCUUGAUGUUGAUAUGAACAUCAUGAAUGUGAAUUAUUUUGGUACUGUUUGCUUCACAAAAGCAUUCCUACCGAAGAUGAUAAAACGCAAGCAAGGACACAUCGUCAACGUCAGUUCAGUGCAGGGUUUGAUUGCAAUACCGGCGAGGUCAUCCUACAGCGCAUCAAAACACGCCCUGCAAGGAUUCAGUGAUAGUCUGCGAGCGGAGGUCUCACAACACAACGUAAUGGUGACUGUUGUCUCACCAGGAUACAUCAAGACAAAUUUAUCGAUGAAUGCGUUGACUCCCAGCGGUGAGAAACACAUGCAAAUGGAUAAAAACACCGAGAAAGGAUAUGAUGCGUCGUAUGUGGCGCACGAGGUGCUGAAAUCCGUCACGAUGCGUCGCCCGGAACUGGUUAUUGCUCCGGUUUAUGUCAAAGUAGCCAUUUUUCUGCGUAAGUAUGUCCCAUCGGUGUAUUUCUUUAUUAUGGGGCGACGGGCUCUCAAAGAGGAUUCGUAAAAUGGUUAAAACCGGGUGGGUUUACCCAAAAUUUCUGUAAUAAAUGGAAUUAAUGGAUUCCAUUCCAAUGUUUUGUUAAACGUAAAACGUAGAAAAUAUUCAUGCACAACACUAAUUAUUUGCAUUUGCUCCUAGUUGGUUGUACCUGUUUGUUUGUUGAGUGUUUUGGACAUGAAGGGAGGUAAUGACAUUGAUAAUGAUAAAAGCCACAUUCUUCUUAUGCUAGAUUCAACAGAAUAAUCCAGUAAUGAAAGAAAUGUGACACAUAAUAAUAUUAAUUUAAAAAAUACGUAAAACAUCUAUUUGUACUGAUGGCUGAUACUAUUUUGAGCUCUGAUUGGAUGAGUAAAAUAUAUCCUCUCAUGGA